AUGGCGGGUGUCUCCGGUGCUGGCGGCUCUGGUGGCGAUGGUGGUGGAAAAAUUAAGGUGGACAUGGCUUAUCACCUAGGUUCAAGUGAUGGACCCGGGAACAUUAUUACUCCAGUUCAACUUCGGGGUGAGAAUUAUGAUGAGUGGGCGAGGGCUAUUCGAACCUCAUUGAAGGCUAAGCGCAAAUAUGGUUUUGUUGAUGGAAGUAUCAAGAAAGACAGUGAUAAACUGGACGACUGGGAGGCUAUUCAUUCGAUGUUGGUCUCGUGGAUUACAAAUACGUUGGACCCUUCGGUAAGGGCAACGAUUGGGGAGUAUGACGAUGCUCAUCUCUUGUGGAACAAUUUGAAAAGCCUCUUUUGUGUGGUGAGUGGCACUCGAAUUUGUCAGUUGAAGAUGUCCUUGGGUGACUGCAAGCAAGGAAAGACUGACUCGGUGGCUGCGUAUUUUGGCAGAAUUGCAAAGAUUUGGGAUGAAUUACACACGUAUAUUACCGUACCUUCUUGUUCAUGUGGUGCGUGUACGUGUAAUAUUGUGGCUCAAGUUGAGAAAUUAAGGCAGGAAGACUUCCUUCAUCAGUUUUUAAUUGGGUUAGAUGACCCUUAUGGCUUGAUUAGGGGUCAAUUGUUGGCUCGGGACCCGUUACCGUCAGUUGAUAAGGCGUAUCAACAAGUUAUUCAAGCCGAGCGCUUAAGAGGGGGUGAGGUUCGUGAGAGUCUAGUGGCUUUCAAACUUCAACAUGACACCACUGCUAAACCGCAACGCUCAACAAGUGGCUCCGAUAAAUUGUGCAACCAUUGCAAUCGAGCAAGACAUGAUGAGACGGACUGUUAUCAGCUCAAUGGCUAUCCACCUUGGUGGGGAGACCGUCCUCUUGGAGGUAGGGGUCGGGGUCGUGGUGACUCGGCCUCUGGCAGAGGGGGAGGCAGAGCAGGGGGUCGAGGAGCUGCUGGCCAGCAGGUGCGCGCCAACAAGACAGUUGGGCAGUCGUCCUCCAACUCCACACAAGGCGGCGGUGCUACGGCUAACGACGGGGCUGCUCUUGCGGGUGUUUCUUCUACCCAAAUUCAGCAACUUAUUGACCAUUUGAACAGUAUGAAACCAAAAUUGCAGGGUAAGGAUGAAUUAGGUUGGAUCGUUGAUACCGGUGCAUCCAACCAUGUGACUUGUGACUUGACCUUGAUGACGAAUGUGGUUAAUGUGCAACAUUGUCCGGUUGGUCUUCCGGAUGGGAAGAGUGCUUAUGCAUCUAAGAUUGGCACGGUUAUUUUACAAGGGGGAUUGAAAAUUAAUAAUGUUUUAUUUGUGCCCCAAUUGAAUUGCAAUCUGAUUUCUGCAACUCAAUUAUGUGAUGAAUUGAAUUGCACUUUGCAAUUUACUAACAAAAUUUGUGUUAUACAGGACCUCAUGACGAGGAAGGUGAUUGGAGCGGGUGAACGCGUGGAUGGACUUUAUUAUUUUCGUGGUGUUCCUGAGGUGAAGGCUUUGAAGAUAGAUGGUGUUCAGUCGACAGAGUUGUGGCAUCAACGAAUGGGACAUCCGUCGGAAAAAGUAUUGCAACAUCUUCCGGUUGUGAGUAGUUCUACUAGAAGUUCUAAAAAUAAAUCUUGUGAUGUAUGCCCUAGAGCAAAACAACAUAGGAGUAGUUUUCCCAUUAGCAAUAAUAAAGCUAGUCGUAUUUUUGAACUUAUUCAUAUUGAUUUAUGGGGUCCUUACAAGACUCAAUCGACUUGUGGCUCUGAUACCAUGUUAAACCAAGCACAAAUCAUCGAUAAUACUUUCUGUGUAUUUUCAUUAAUCACAAUGGCUUCAAUACAAGUAUAUAUAAUACUAGGAUAA